GACGAUGACAAGAGGAAAGGUGAUGACAAGAAGAAGGACGAUGACAGGAACAAAGAUGACGGCAAGAAGAAGGACGAUGACAAGAGGAAAGAUGAUGACAAGAAGAAGGACGAUGACAAGAAGAAAGAUGACGACAGGAAGAAGGACGAUGACAAGAGGAGAGAUGAUGACAAGAAGAAGGACGAUGACAGGAAGAAAGAUGAUGACAAGAAGAAGGACGAUGACAAGAGGAAAGAUGACGACAAGAAGAAG